AUGACUUUUCGACCCCUUUGGGAUGACGAAAUAGCCAAAAUAUUGACUGGAAUGAAUGAAGACAGUGAAGAUGGUAUGGAAGAUGACGAUGACAGUGUUGCAGAUCCUGACUAUCGAACUGAAGAUGAGAUGGAACAAGAGCAGUUUUCUGGCGAUGAAAACGAAUAUGAUGAAUUGAACCUUGAAGAGAUCAUUCAUAGUUUAGAAGACAAUCAACCUGAUCCGUCUCCAUCUACUUCUGCUGUACCAACUGGAUCGCAACAAAUGCAACCUGUGGUACAACCUAGAAAGCCAGCAAAACUCAACCUUUCAGCUUUCACGAGUUUAUUAGGUGACAGUGGGUAUUUUUGUAAAAAAUAUUUGCUUACCCCGUUUGUCCGUCCAGCAACACCAGUGGAGGAAAAUUAUAACAGAGCCCAUAUCACAACCAGGAACACCAUAGAAAGGUGUUUUGGUGUCUGGAAAAGGCAUUUUCCUUGCUUACAAAAAGGUAUUACAUUAAGAAAAAUAACGACAAUUUUGAAUGUAAUUGUGGCAACAGCAGUACUACACAACAUUGCGAUAGAGAUGAAUGAUGAACAGCCUCCCCAAGAUCUAAGUGUAGACUUUGAUUUAGAAGAAGCCUCAUUAGAAGAAUUGCACAGUGCAUUUCAAUAUGGCGAGGAUACUUCUGUGAGAACCACUUUAGUAAAUACUGUGUUUUCCGGG